AUGGUUCUGCAAACUAUCUUCCAUUCGCGGGCUCCUUUCGAUUUCUUACAACUUCAAACACUAUACACCGACGAAGCUCAGCGGUCUUCUUGCGAUAGUGCCACUUUGCAGGGGCUUAAUGACCUAUUUGUCAUUCUCAAGACGGGGGCCAACGAAGCGCACAAGAAGCUUCCCCCGCAUUUCGACACCACGCUGCGUUGCGUCCCGCACUAUGGCAUCUGGUCCGAUAUGGAAGAAGAAAUUGAUGGUCAUCAUGUUUUGAACGCCCUGGAUGAGAUGGACCCCAACAUCGUGGUAAGCCACGCAGACUUCGAAUAUUACCGCCGCCUCCAAAGGAACGGCCUGGAUGCAUUCACGGCCGAAGAAUUGUAUAAAUGGGAAACGGCUCCCAACACCCCGAGUGGUCAUGACUCGCCAGGUUGGAGGCUGGACAAAUGGAAGUUUCUCCCCAUGGCCGACAAAGCCUAUCGCCAACGACCCGAGGCUAAGUGGUUCGUUUUCAUGGAAUGCGACACUUUCUUCAACUGGAGGAACUUGGUACGAUGGUUAUCCAAGUUUGACGCCUCCAAAUCCCUAUAUCUAGGCCAGGAGAUGCGGAUAGGGGACAGUACUUUCGCCUACGGGGGUUCGGGAUUCGUCAUAUCGAACCCGGCCAUGAAGGCACUCGUCGAGCAUCGCGCGGCGAGGAUGGAAUUCUACGAUGACUACACCGGCAAACACUGGGCCGGCGACUGCGUGCUUGGGAAGGCAUUGGCGAAUGCAGGUGUCCGACUGACCUGGUCUCGUCCGACUCUUUUUAGCGAGACGCCCUUCAACAUGAACUUCAACGACACGUUCAGACGCAAUAAGCACAUAUGGUGCUACUACUUCACUUCGUACCAUCCUAUGGAUCCAACUGAUAUCGCCGCAUUUUACCAGUUUGAGCAGAAAUGGAACCUUGAAGAUAGUCUUCUACGCCACAGCGACGUUUUCCGCGACUUUGUACUUCCCCAACUUGGGCCCGAAGUCGCGGACUGGGACAACGUGUCGACGGACGAGCAGGACUCGGCAUCGAAUGCUUCCUUCCCGGAGUGUCACGGCAUAUGCGAGCGCCAGUCAGAUUGCAUGCAGUUUUCACUCGAUGGUCAAGACUGUAGGUCGUCUAAGAAGAUCAGCCUGGGGCAUCAGCGGCACCGACGCCACAAAGAUGAACCUUCGGAGCGAAUGGUAUCUGGAUGGAUGAUGGACCGCGUCAGUGCUUUCGUCGAGGAGAUGGAUGCAUCGUGUAAUGGUGAAGACUGGAUACUGCCUUGA